AUGAAUGUAUCUGAAAACUCCGAGAUUGUUCAGCAUGUUGGUAGAGUCAUUCUAACUUAUGUUAUACAAGUAGUCAUCACAUGCUUGUUCUUUGGAGUUUAUUUUAUCCUGGUUCUUUAUUUGAUAUACCUUUCUUACCAAGGAACAAUAAUAUCCAGGGCCAAAUCAUAUAUGUUUGCUGCUACUAUGCUAAUAUUUAUAAUAGCAGCAAUUACAUCAUUGAUCACAAUAAUUAACACUAUUCAAAGCAUCCAAGAUGUGCUUGUGUUAAUAGACAAUCAGCCACUAGAAAAAAAAUUCUCCAAGAUUAAUCAAAGACUUCUGAUAUCUGGAAUUAUAAGCUAUUUUUGCCGAGCUAUUAUUGCAUUUUUAGGAAACAUAAUCAUAGUAUGGAGAGCCCAAAUAUUAUGGAAAAACCAUUAUAUUAUGGCCUUCACCAAAGGGAUUUUUAUCGUGACUACAAUGUUCACAAUUCCAAAUUAUAUUAUCAAUGCUCUUGGAGAUAUAAAUGGACAAGACUGGGAAUUUAUAUAUUCAAGAUAUUUUCAAAUAGCCCAAUGGGGUCUAGAGUUUAUAUUAAACUUAGUGGUAACAAUUUUGAUAGCAUAUAAGGCAUGGGAAUAUCGCCAAUCUGUUAAGGCAUAUUUGGCAAACAAUAAGAAAACUCAAAUUGAAAAGAUUCUUGCUUUGCUUAUAGAUAUCCAUGGUCUUUCAGUAGAUAUAUUCUUUGAUCUUGGUGCAUUCUUGACAGGGAUAUAUCCAACAAUUAUUAUGAUUGUAGUCAGUCUAAACAACACAGUUGAGGAAAUGUCAAGGAUCUCAGUUCCAAUAGUCCAUGCCUCUAUUCCACAGGAGCUUGGGGGUUUUCAUGAUUUAUCUGAGGCAGAAUUUUAUCAAUCACAAUCUAUUCAUGAGCAUGAUAUUGUACUUGAUAUAGAGAUUGUCGAAGAAUCUAGGGAAUAA